GCCCGGCCCCUGCGGGCAGCGCUCGGCGGGCAGCGCUCGGCGGGAGGCGGCAGCCGGGGCGCGCCCCGCUGCGGGGCCGGCGCCUGCCGGAGGAAGUGUUUAUCGAUACUGUUCUUUGCCGGAACAUCAAGAUCUACAGAGACUCUUGAGACACAGAAGCUGCAUUCGGCACAGAUGCCAGCCUUCUCCAAGAGGCAGCCUCUUCAUCCCCAGUGACACCAGCUCCCGCUAAUAUCAUGGGACCAGACAGUGGCUUCCUCAGCAGUGGACGGGUCCAUGUCAUCCUGUGGGGUAGCUUGGCAGCUGUGACAACGCUCUUAUUCCUCACCUUCCUCAUCUUUCUCUGCUCCAGCUGCAACAGGGAAAAGAAGUCCAAACAUCAGAAUGGAGAUCACGAAAAUCUGAUGAGCGUGCCUUCCGAGAAGGAGGUGUUCAGCCACUCCAUCACCAGCUCCGCCACGGAGCCGCCACCCAGCAGUGAGCAGAACGGAGCACUCAGCAAUGGUGACGUGCUCUCAGAGGACAGUACAACUGCCUGUAUCCAGCCUUACGAAGAAGUACAAACAUCUAUUUCUGAUCUGCUAGAACAGGAUAGUCUUGGGAAAUCCUUAAAAUGCCACCAGAGCCGGGAACUACCCAGUAUUCCACCUAACAAUACCAUGGAGACCAUCAUCUCAGCUAGGAAUGCUGAAAACGAUCAAGGUCUCGGCAUGGAAGGGCCUUACGAAGUCUUGAAAGACAGCUCCUCUCAAGAGAACAUAGUUGAAGACUGCUUGUAUGAAACUGUGAAGGAAAUCAAAGACGUCGGAGCAGCAGCCAACGUGGAAAGAAGCUGCAGCAGAAAGUCAGCGGCUUCAAUGAUGGUUACUGAAGGUCAGGAUCAGAUUCCUGAGCGCAGAGUUGAAUCAGCGGAAUACGCAUCUGUUGACCGAAACAAAAAAAGUCGCCAAAGUGCUAAUUCUGAAAGCCCUCUUGACAACACGCCGGACGUAGAGGAUGAGCUGCCUCCUCCGGUACCCAUGAAACUUCUUGAUGAGAAUGAGAAUGUGCAAGAGAACGAAGUGGAUGAAGGAGAAGGGACAGAAGGAGCAAGUAAACCAGAGAAGAGGCUUAGUUCGAUGUCUUACAAGUCUCGAGAGGAAGAUCCAUCUCUUACAGAAGACGAAAUCUCAGCGAUGUACUCGUCGGUCAGCAAGCCAGGACAGGCCAUCAGGGCAAUGGAUUCUCCUUACACCUGUAUUCAAGAAAUCACAUCUCAGAGGUCCCCGUCUGUUUGCAGCGGCCUCUAUGCAAGCGUGAAGGACUUUGAGAACACCCUCAGUGCUACCACUGUGCCUCAGUCGGCGGGCAGACCCAACGGGGAGCUGGAGCCUGACUAUGAAGCAAUCCAGGCAGUGAGCCAAGACGAAGACAGGACCUUGUCUGUGCCUCACACAAACCACAUUGCUCUGUCGGGAGAGAAUGACUAUGAGAGCAUAGGGGACUUGCAGCACCACAGGGAUGUCACCAGACUUUAACUACUCCGGCAGCCGGGUUUCAGCCUUUGUGUUCUCUGCUGGUUUAAAAGGAAUACAUGAAACAAGGAGAGGGAAGUGCUUCUCAUUUUGAGGAGCAAAGCUAUGUGCAAAAGGUGUGAAGAAGCCAUGUACGUUUCAAGCCAGCGGAUGGUAUCUAUGGGUGAUUCUGGGCGGUGGACAGAAGCUCAAAGGAAGGUUAAUUUUUAUUGUUGGCUUUUUAUUGCUAGUUCCUAGAUAGCCAGAAUUCAGGAAGGAGCACUGUGUUUGUCAUCCUGAUGGGGUUACAUACCAAAAAGACUGCCUUUACGCAAAGCUAGCUUUUCAUUUUAGAGGAUUAUUUUGUGUCAGUUGCUUCUAUGUGUUUUUCAAGAAUCAUUUUUCAUCCAAGUUCAGGAAUCCACUGAGCAACUCGCAGACUGCCAUGCCUCAGUCAGGAGGACUCUGAGGGCUGGGGAAGGUGUGCAAACCUCUGUCUGGGAGCUCUAAUUCAGCCUGGUAGGACGGUGAGGGUUGAGGCGGGGUCAGAAUUCCUAUUUCAUUGUCAUUGCAACUGAAGUGUAAGCAAAAGGUACUUCAUAUCACAAGGGACAUAAUGCACAUGUGCUUGAAUUAAUUCCAUAGACUUUUUUUCCUUCCUUCCUUCCCUUCCCUUCCCUUCCUUCCCUUCCCUUCCCUUCCCUUCCCUUCCCUUCCCUUCCCUUCCUUCCCUUCCUUCCCUUCCCUUCCCUUCCCUUCCCUUCCCUUCCCUUCUUUCCCUUUGCUUUUUGCAGGUCAGGGGCUGUAGAAUAUGACUUGCAUUAUUUGAGAUGCGUACUGGUAUUUUUAGGGUAUUCCAUUUAAUUAUUUGUGAAAUAGAGCUUUAAAAUGGCAAAUAGCCCCCUUAGCAUUCUUGCUCUAUUUCCCCAACAUGCUAACACGUACCUGCACAUACACAUGCAAUACAUGGUCAUGUUGCAGAAGGUUGUACAAAUGAAUGUUACCACAAUGUUUAGUCUCACCGUAAUAGUCUUGACUCAUCUAUUUUUAAGACUUGCAGUAUUUUAGUAUGUUUGACUAGUGCAUUACAUAGGAAAUUUUUUGUACUGUGUUGAGUGGAUGAUAUUUUCAUUUUUACCACACAUUUUCAUCUUCAAAGCUUUUGUAGGUUAUCUUACUGCUUUGUGUCAUGAGAGGAAUCCUGUUCUUUCUUUGGGUUUUAUUUGUUUUUGCUGUAUAUCUUUUUCCUAUUUUAGAAGUAUGUAAAAGAACAAAUCCUACUUUAUUACGCAGGGUUGAGGAUCACGCCUUGCUGUUUUCAAGUUCAAGAUAAUGGAGUGUGUAUAAAAGAACACUGACAGAAGGCCAAAAAAGAAGGCAGGAGAGUGUAUUUUGUGUCCAUCAGUCACUGGUCAUCCUUGUUCCUCAGCUGGAAGGAGCAGGAGAGUCAGUACUGCUGGGACCAAGGACUUGUUGGGGCUCUGACAAGCGGUUGGAAAGCCACUGUCUUUCCAGAGGUACGAAAUUACUCAGUUACUGUUGAAAACAGAGUACAGUUCUGAGAUGAAAUAAGCAGGUACUGGACUGAUAUUCUUGUUUUCUUCAAGAAUAGCACAACGAACGGUACAGUAAGACAAGAGUAGCCCAGCAGUAGGGAAUAUGCAUUAUAUUAUAUGCAUCUGUACACAGUUAUGUGUACAUUUGUGCGUAUCCCUGUGUAUGCUCACAUGCACAGGUGCUUUGUAAACAGGCAUAAUCUGUAGUCCAGACUUGGUACCCUUCACAUAACGUUCACAUAGGUACUAUUGGCAUGUGCUUGAAGGGUAGUUUAUUUUAAUGCAAGAUAAACAGUACUUAAACAGGGAUUGUCUCAUUCUGUAUCAGCCUAGCAUGGGUUUAGCUUGGGUUCAGUUGGUACUGAGGUUUGAUGCAUGAGGUUGAGUCCUUCUCAGACCACUGGCCAGUGCACAAUGCUUGGUACUAUAAAGGGCAAACACAGCUCUGGUACACACGCUUCCUAGAAGUAAGCUUAUGACUGGUUGAGGUGCAGUGGUUUAUAGAUGCUGACUGUAAUGAGCAUGGCGAGGUGAGGUGACACACCUGGGCCAGGCUCCUCCUUGGAGUGAUGCCAUGCAGCCCAGUCUGCAUUUGCCUUGUUCUUGGUUGUGCUGCCGUGCUUCCACAGCUGCAUCCUAUGCUUCCACCUCACUGCAGUGCUUUUUAAAGCUGACUUUGGUCUUCCUUUCCUGUCAGUGUUCCCUUCAAUGUGAAUUUGUGAAGUUCAUCUUUGACUGUUCUCUCCUCCUGCUUUACACUGUUUAAGGCCAAAGAGAAAAUGCCUCGCAUUUCAGAAGAUCUGUGCCGAGUUUGAGACUCUCUGGAGACAGCUACGUGUUUGCUCUUUGCUCCCUGUUCUCUGUAUGUUGUCCUCAGUCUGACUCCUGCAGCAUAGCAGGAGCCAUACCCCACUCCUGAGGUUCCCACACACAUCUCAGGAUGCAGUUAUCCUUUAAGGACUGUCUUACUUUUUACAUGGAUGGCUGCUUUUGGAGAAACGGUAGCAACAUGAGUUUUGUCAGGUUCAUCAGAUGCAAUUACAUGAGCAGUUUAAAGAUCAAAAAAUAAUAGCAAUUAACAAUAGCAAAGUAAAACAUGGAGGUCCAGAUUGCAAAAUUUUAACCUGCAAAUGAGAAAAUAAAGCAUCACUUUCAGUGUAAACCCCACCAAUAGCACUGAGUCCAAGGAAGAAGGGCCUGCCUGCUCGUAUUCACUGUCCUUUGGAGCAGAACCAGGAGUGCUGGAUGGGAGGAAGGGCAGUGAGGCUCAGCCACUUCCUUCCUUUCUUUCCCCUGUUGGGAAAUGCUUUGUCCGCUCCCCCCUCAGCCUCCAGCUCUUGGCAGGUGACAGCAUUCAGUCCUGACAGCAUUCAGUCCCAGCUUCCAUCCCUGUUCUGUGAUCGGGAUUCAGACUCAGGUCAGGCCAGUUUCCUCUGAACUCCCCACAGGAGGACUUGCUUCCAGCCCCACGGACCCUCAGCCUGCUCAGGCUCAGGCUUUGGGCUGCUACGUGCAUGGCUGCCCUCACCUCCAAACCCACCAAGCCAUGAAGGGGAUUGCCUCCUGAACAAGGACAGGUGAGGAGUUAUAUCCCUGCAAUCUCCAUGGUGUAGUCUAAUGCUAAGGAGGAAUUUUAGAAUUUAGUCCAACAUAAAUUUUUAGAAUUUAGUCCAACAUUCUGAAACAAAAAGUGACAUCACUUGACAAAAAAACUUAGCUUUCGUUUCCUCUCACCAGAAGUAAGAUCUGCUCUUUGGCUGCUAUUGCCAUGGUUCCUUUUCACUAGUAUACUGGAUGGAAAGAUUUUUCCAGCAGCAAUCUUCAAAUACAUCAGUUUUACUGGAAAGAAAGGGGACUUUCUUCUACUUAUCUCUUCAUUGCCAUUUGUUUCAUUUUCACCAUAAUCUCAAGUAAAAAGUCAAUGUGCCGAAUGAAGUAUUUGUUACAUGAUGAUCUUUCCUGGGACAACUUCACAGUUUGGUUUGUUAGCAUAACUGUUCAAGAAACUCACACUUUGAUGUAGUAAAACUGCAAUGUCGUUGUACUUACACUACUGAAAAGAUCGUUUCUGAUUCCCUUCUGGGAACAGGUAGAAAUAAGACAUGGAGUUUGGAUGUCUCUUCCCUGAACCUGUCUCCUGUGGGACUUCCAGGCACGCGCUGAAGCCAGCAGUCCCUUUCUGCAAUGACGAGUUCAGAAUUGCUUUCUCAGUCUGAGUGAAACAUUUGUUUAAGGAUAUCUGUGCAUGGGCACGAACAUAAUUACAGCAGCUAGAUCAGCUAUAGUGCCUUUUUUACCAAGUACUUCCAUGCUCUUUUUCCACACUGUGUUUGUUUGACACAAAACCAAAAAGAGUGUUUCUUCCAUUUAUCUGUGGGGGAAACAGCUUUGGAAACAGUUGGAAACAGCUUUACAGUCAAGACACAUCAAAUGCACUGGACCUCAGUUAGCCUCAGCUUAGCAAUAGCCUCUCAUAAACUUCCUCUAGAAAGCCCAGCGAUGUAGCUACAAUAACUAAGCUUUGCAAUAAGAAUGAUCAAUCUUCUUUUGAAGAACCUACGUCGUUCAACAGUGAGGAUUCAGGGAGAUGUGGUCUGUGGCCAUGUCAACUGUGAACAAUUGGCAGCUUCAGUCUCUGUACUGGCAUCAAUUACAGGCUUGCUGGUAUGCAGCAGGCCUUGCAGGGUGGGGGAACUGCAGAGAGGAACGGGUGCUGGGGCUUGGGUCCAUCAGUCACACAAAGCUGGGCCAUCCCAAAAAGCAGCUGGCUGAGGGUCAGCCACCUUGUUCCUUAAGCCCUCUUGUACUGUGCCUCCAGGGAACCCAUCUUGCCGGGAUUCCUCUGGGCUCUGUACUUCUCCAUGGCUCCCUGAACAGCUCCCCUCGCUUGUCUUGAUCAAAAUUCUGUAUACACGGUGCUCUCUGUUCAACCUUUCAAUGGUGCUUUUAUACGAUGCUGGAUAAAUAGGUUCAAUGUGCUUUCUGAAAGCUGACAUGUAAAGUUGUGACACAGUGUUCUCUCUAGCAUUUUCUACUUCACAGAAUUCAGUGUUAACUGUGUUGCUCUGCAAAUGGCUGUCAGUGCUUCCCCUGUUUCUUGCUCACUCUGUGCAGAACUGUCACGCAUAGCAAGCCCACGUUGGGUGGUAGAGUUCAAAAGCAGCCACUCAGGUGGAGUGCCUUGGCCUGAGAGCUGUUAGACGUGUGGCAGUGUGCAGCAUGGGGCUGGAAACAGCACAGAUCCCUGCUGAAGGGCUUUCUUCUCUCAGUGUGUAUAUACAUUUGUUUGCACAAUAACUAUAAGUCUGUUUCAGCAACAAACGAUUUAAUUUGGACCAAAUGCCAAACAGGGAUUUCUGUUCUUUGGUACUUUAAUAGCAGUUAUUUCAGAACAGCGUUAUUUAUUUAGGUUGGAACAUGCCUUAAUAAGGCUGGUGGAUGCUUCACAAGUAACGUGGUGUGUGUGUAGUCCAUUGAGAAUUAGACUGCUGAAAGGUAUUCAGUCUGACGGCUGCUUCUGAGGUCACAUGCUGAAGACUUCCAAAAGCAAAUCUCUUCCUGGUAGCAGGGCACAUAAUUGCUAUCAAUAUGUCUUCAUACACUUGUGCUGAAGUUGAUUUGUAGAGUCUCUUUGGAAUGGUCAAGACUGAAGAUAUUGCCGGAACAUAUCUCAGCCUCAAAAAAAACCCAAAAACAGGCAAACCCAAAAACAACAAAUAAACAAGCAAACAGCACAAAAGUAUUUUUAUAUUCCUUGCUACUCAGCCAGAUAUCAACUUGUUGAGGAUUAUGCUGAGAAGAGGCACUGUGGAUGGAGCAUCACAGAGAUGAAAGCAGUGGGUGCCUUUUUUUCCAGGAGAGAGAUCCCCAUUUGGUUGAGUGAAUAUGAAAGAUCCCAUGCUCAGCAUUCAUAUACCCUCAACAAAAAGCAUUAAACAAAUUAAUUGCCUACUUCUCAUCAAUUAUGUUAGGAUAUCAUUUACCCUACACUGCUCUUCCAUAUGGACGACAGAAGGAUGAAAGCUUUAUUCUGAUGCUCAGAGUGAGCCUGCAAACCCAGAGAAGAGCAUUUACUGGCAGAGCAGGUAUAUUCUAUUGUAGCAGCCUGGAAGAAAGCCUUCAAAGAGGCAGGGACAGGUCCUCGGUGCCCCACCGAGGUUGAAAACUGGAUGACUUCACUGAAAAAUAAUUAUUUGUAAAAGAUGAGGUGCAGGAUUAGACCCUAAAAGCUUAGGAGAUGUUUGGUUUGGUGCUGGGUACUUUGCUUUGUAUUUUCAGUGAAAUGAAUUUUCUCAGUGGACUGAUACAACCUCCAUAGGAACAACAAGAAAGGCAGAGUUUGGUAUGUGGAUGUUUAUCUCCAAUAGCUGUUACUAAAAACCCGUCUCGGUAGAAUUCACUUUAAAUUGGGUGCUAGAGGAGCUUCAGCACAAACUGUAUGGAACAUUGCCUACUUAGAACAUAGUGGAUAAGAAUUUGUAAUUACAGACGCUUGUUUAUUUUAACCAUUGUUUUAUAAUGGGAAAACUUUAUUAGCAGAGUGGUUUUCUAGCAAUAUUCUCUCAAGGAAAGUUCUAGCAGCAGAUUGUGCUUUCAGGACAGCUGUUUGAUUUUCUGGUCACUGAAGAAGAACUUCAGCCAUCCUCUAACCAGCAUGACCUUCUGAACAGAGAGGAUUAGAUCUGGCUCUGGCUAUCACAGAGCGGAUACGGUUAAAUAAGCUGUGCAGUUCAGCUCUGAAGGUAGCAAGAGCAGUUGAAAGAAAUGACUGUAAUAUAUAAACCUGGAGUCAGUGCAUGCAGACUUCCAAGCUGGCACUGCUGAGCCUUGUUUGCUACACGAUUGGUUAUUUGGCUUGCUACCUUUUCAAAAUCAAUAUGGUUUUAUUAACAGCACUGCAGACACCAAAAUGCUGUAGUAUUGCAGAAUGUAUGCUCCAUAAAUUGCAGCUUGACUGUAAUUGCUGGGCUUAUGCUACUGUCAGAGCAGCUCAGAGCCAGCACUAAGUUGCAUUUUGUAAAGUGAUAAAUGCCACGACAUUCCCUUCAGUGUUUUGUAGGAGUACACACAGGUUGAUGUAAUUUAGUCAUACCCUUAAUUCAAAGAAUCUUCAUCUGAUAACUUCUAGCCAAACCAGCUUUUGGCUGCUGAAAGCACAGUAGGUUAUUAUGGUUAUUUACAGUGAACGUAGAUGAGUUUUAUGUAAAUAUGUCAGGAGAAAAAAAAAAAAGUUACUUAAACGUAUGAGGCCGUUAUCUAAAAGUCAGAACGUAGGUCAAUGAGAUAAAAUGCAGCUUUCAUUUAUGUACAGCAGUAUCCUAAUAUUUGCUUCUUUACAUGGAGGGGGUGGGGGUUGGAAGUUAAGAUUCUGGACUGUAUUCUCUGGAAGCAUUUUGGAUUGGCUCUGCUAUUUUCUCCAGUUCAUGUAUUUGCAAAUACCUUUUUGGAUUGAUUGGCAACCCGUGUCAAUUAUGUCAAAUGAGAGAUGCUACGUUGCGGUGAAAUCAGUUGAAUUAUCCCGGGAAAACACAUUGGGUUGGAAUCUCUAUAAAGAUCCAGUCGGCAGAUGGAAUAAAACACAAUAAAUAAGAUUUGUCUUUUUUUUUUUCUUUUUUAAA